AUGGCAGACGCCCCCAUCACAUUCAAAAAACGCUCAGCCAAAGCCAAAGCCACCGUCCGCAAGAAGGAAGCCCCACCGCCCGCCUCCGACUCCGACUCCGGCUUCACCUCCUCCGACGAUGACCAAGGCCAGCGCAUCAAGCGCCGUCGCAAGAACGCCGCCGUGACGGCCUCCUCCACGACGACCGGGGCCGCCCGACCAGUUGAGAAUUCCGCGCCCGCGAGCACCGCGCCGGCACCCCUGCAAUCCACCAACGACGCGACCAAACAGUCCAACUGGUACGAUGAGAAAGAGCUCGACGCAAAGAACCUGCUCGGGACGACGCGGUCAACAGGGGCGCCGUCCGCACCCGACGGCACCUACAAAGGCGCCGCCAACUACCAAUCCUUUAUCCAGAAGAACCCCGACGCACCGGGGAAGAAGUUCGGGCCGGUCAAGGCGCCGACGAACGUGCGCGCCGUGACCUUCAUGGAUUACAUGCCCAACGUGUGCAAAGACUACAAGAAGACCGGGUUUUGCGGGUACGGCGACUCAUGUAUCUACGCGCACAUGCGGGAGGACUACAAGCAGGGGUGGGAGCUGGAUCAAGACUGGGACAAGGCUACGGACGGGGACAAGAAGAAAGUGAGCGGGCAGGUGGUGUCGCGGCGGAGUGGGGCCGACUCGAAGGCGGGGAACGAGGAUGAUGAGGACGAGGCACUGCUGGAGAGUAUCCCGUUUGCGUGCAUCAUCUGCGAGAAGCCGUACCAGUAUCCGAUUACGACCAAGUGCGGGCAUUACUUCUGCGAGGCGUGCGCGCUGAAGCGGUAUCGGAAGGAUCCGUCGUGUGCGGCCUGCGGGGCGAGUACGGGGGGGGUGUUUAAUACGGCGAAGAAGCUGAAUCAGUUGUUGGAGCGGAAGCGGGAGCGUGCGCAAAGAGGGGAAGAGAGUGGCAAUGAGGAUGAAGAGAGUUCUUGAUGCUGUUUAUAAAAAAUUAAUAUAUGCAGCGGGUCUGCAGGUAUUUACUGGGUGGUGUUAUGUCAUUGUAUAUAGUCAGUUGAACAGGCUAUACACACUGUCCAUCCUAUCGCUAUGAUAAUUAGUAUACUCCAUCUAUCAC